UACAAAAUGGCUGCUGAUGCCAGCGGUGUUGAGACUGUUCAAGUUCCGUUUGUGAAAAAAUGUGAAUUCAACUACCUCGAUUACUUUUCGCGCUCUAACUACCUCAAUAAACAGAUUGUAACACAAGAGAAAUCUCUCAUUAAGUAUAUGGGUAAUAGAUGGGAUGACUUACCACCAGCACAACAAGAUGCAUUGAUUGAUCUGUUAUUUGUGGAAGACAAUAUCCGAAACAAGUUUUCAGCUUCGACAAAUAGGAAAACUGUCUCUGUACACGAUUUGACAGUAGGUCAGAAAGGAGACGAAGAUUCUAAGCUAAUACAGACGUCAUUUCCUCGUUUAUACAUUAAUUCGGGGCAGAAAAUCAAUGUAGAUUUUGAAAAUGAUGUAAGUAAUACUAAUGGCCACUAAUGAUACUAAUGACUAAUGGUAUGAGUAUGUUAACUUAAUGAAAGUUAAUGCAAAGAAGAAAUACCAUGACCUAUCACUCGGCCGCCAUCUUUUAGGGCUAGGGGGUUCACGGGUCGCGGCAACUAAUAUGGCGGACUUGUAAAAUUAACCUGACUUGCUUCUGCUAAAAUUAGGAAUAAAAUGUUAAAAUUUAAUUUAAAAAUGUUUGCCAGUACAUAAAUUUCGUGGUGAACAUAGCUAUUUUAUUGUAUCUGUCUAGAUAUUUGGCAAGAAGCGGUCACGACCUGUGGUCGCUCCUAUUCCUCACGUAAUUCAGCCAGUACACACACAAAAUAAUUCACUAAACCUAACCUUUAACCCUAAAUGUAUCCCUAAACCUAACCUUCACUCUAAAUGUAAUCCUAAAGCCCUAAACCUAACCUGAACCUAAAUGUAUCCCUAAACCUAACCUGAACCCUAAAUCUAACCCAAAUGCUAAAACUAGCCAGAAAGCCUCAAGUAAAAAAAAAAACGUGUGCAGCUGCAAUUACACAUUGUGGCAAGAAAAGUAAAAAAAUGAAGAAAAACAACCAAACAUAAUUGUAAAAUAAAUAAAUAAUGAAAACCAAACUUACAGUUUCAUAGAAUGCACUUUUACACACUUUAUUUCUGGUUCUACCGAAAAAAAUAUUUUUAAAAAUGUCCGAAAAUGAAUAAAAUACAAUACCAAAUAUGGUGGAAAAAUUAAAAUAUUAUAAUUACCCAACCAAUGAAAUUUUAAAAUUAUAAUUAAUCAACCCAAAAAAUUGAUUACAAAACAUGUCAUCGUUCGAUUAAGUAAAAUUUAACUCAGUAACAAAAAGCAAGGCGAGUGAAUCCAAAACAGAAACUUAACAAAUACAUGCAAAUGGCGUCAUGGCAUGUCUUCUUUGCAUUAGCCAUUUUUAUUUAUAAUUUAAUAUGAUAAUACUAAUACUUAUCGGCGGCAAUAGGCUGGUAGCCGGGCACUUUCUAACGAAAAGUAUACUAUUAAAAAAAAAGGUGUGUGGAAGCUUGCAUUAAGAAACAGGACAAUGAGACAAGAACAUUUCAGCUAAGAGAAGUCAUCAGCAGACAGGACAGAUAAAAAUGGGGCUAGAAAUAGACCUUUCUGACCACCGAUGAUCAACAACAAUUCCAUACACAGCCUGACCACAAAACAUAACACUCUCACAAAAAUCAGUCAUAAUUGUCGGCCUAAUUUAAAUUCUAUAAAUAUAUUAUAGUUUGUUUCAAAUGUGUUCUGGAGUCAUAAACCAUAUUUUACAAAAAUAACUUUAUUAUUAGUACAGUACAUAUCUAUUCACUCAAUAUUUUCAGCUUUGGACCUGGAGAGAUGAACAUUCUGGGCCUUUCUCUUGGAUGUCUAGGGUAAGUACGAUUUUUUAGCCCCCUUUUUUUUUCAGUUUAAUAAGUCUAGAAUGAAAAAGCAACAUAUUUAUUUUCUGACACUGUUAUUUUAUAAGGAUUUGUUGGUGUUCCUCAGAGCCAGCAAGAUUUGACUUUGGCUGACUUGGAAACUGAGAAUAUCGCAAAGCCACAACCCAAAUCUAUUAAAACUGACUUGGAGGAAGAGAAACUGCAAAAGGCCCCUUUGGAGUUUGUAGACUUAAGUAACUCAUGGAGUCGGGACAUUAUAGAUGAUUAUAGAAGGAAAGAAAAUGACAUCAUCUUAACACCUAGUGUGUCAGUACUGUUAGGGAAUGUGAAAAAUAGAAACUUUCUUGAAGAAAUUAAUCCAGCAUUCAACCAAAGCUGUGAUGACAUUCCUAUAUCAUCACAGCAAGCUCUUGAGACCAACUCCAAAAGCAGGAACGCCAACGCAAUGGCUCCUCCUGAGAAAAAAUCAGACAACAGAGAGUGUUCCACAAAGUACCCUUCCCCCAAGAAACUGUUUGGCAAAACUGGUUACAGGAAGUCAACAAGUGAUACUGUUCAUGGUCAAGAUAAGUUGAUUGGUGGAGAAGAGAAAGAUAGUGUUAAUGUAUAUAGCAAUGAUGUCAUGGAGUCAGAGUGGUCAUCGUUUGUUGGAGACAAGAAAUCCAAGUCGGCUACAUCCACUGUUGCCCCCGUGCCAAUGACCAUAGACCGGGGAGAUGAUGGACUCUUCAACUCUCCUUAUCAAGGAGAUAGUGUUUGCCUCAUCCAGGCAAGUCCAUCGUCUUUACAACCUACGCCACCAGCAGCAUUGGUGUCACCAGUUCAUAGUGAGUGGUCAGAAGAGAGUACACCGGACCAUACCACCUGUCUUUUGAAAGGAAUGCAGGUAGGGGAUUUUUUUAGAAAUCAUAAUGGUUAAAAUGACUUGAAAGUACCAUAAAUGAUAUUUUUCUGAUAAUUAUAAACCCUUUUCUUGACUUAGAUUGAUGUGUUCAGUGUUGGCAUUGACAUUUGGUUUGUUUUCGGGAUGGCUUAGAGGUAGAUUUCACAUUAAUGGUAUAAAAAGUGUGGGUUUUGUUUUCCAAGAACAGCACACAAAAAAAGACAAUAAAGAUCAAUUCAGCAGGAAAUUGUUAAUUUUUAGCCUUAAAAUGUAUUAUACUCAUUUUAUAACCAUCCAGAUAUAUUAUGAUUUAGUCUCGUGAGAAGAAAAUUCAAUACGUUUUGAUUUAUUCAGUCCCCUCAGCACCAUAGGCGACAACCAAUGACACAGCUUGAUAUGACAAGUCCGGAUGGAGGCAAUGUCCCUGGACAAACUGGAAACUUAAAAGACGAUAGAGCGUCACCUUUAGAAUCGGAUGAAAUAUUGCGAGUUGAGUUAGAAGGAGGGAAUAUAACAGUGACUACAGAAUCUCAGGUAAUUUUGGAUUUACAUGCUAUCCUAACUGUUCCUAAUGUGGCUAAAAUGCUGUUCAAUAAUAGUAUAAUAAUACUUGCUAUUCUAACUGUUCUCAAUGUGGCUGAUAUACUACAUUGCCUCAUACCCGGGAGGUAGAGGAGAAAAUUGCCAGAAGAUAGUGGUGCACAUUGUCUGAUCUAGGCGAUAGUGUGGCACAGGGCCUCAUAUCAAGGAGAUAGUGUAUUUGAAUUAUUCUGGGAUCAAAUAGCCAAGUGAAAUAAAUUCAAGGCAGCUGAUCUUAGAGUUAUAACACCCCACCACCACCCCCCCCCCACUCCCCCCCCCUCCCCCCCCCCGAAUAAGUCAAGUGCAUGGCCAUCUUGACACUUUUAUUUGUCAAAUAAAUUCAAAUCAUUAUUAAAUUUUUCUUGGUGACCAGUGACAGCCACUCAGCUAAUUAAACUGAAGUUUAAACUGAAGUUUAAUAUUUUAAUUUCUUUUUUUUUUUUCUUUUUUUUUGAACUUUUGUAUAAAAAUAUAUAAAAAUAUCUAACAACAUUGUCCUGGUUUCUUUCAGAAAAGAGACAGUGACAUCCCUACAACUGGUUUUGAUUUUUUGGACAACUGGUGAUUUAAGUUUUCCUGGUCAUCAACUUGAUGAUUUAUUUUACCACACAGCUUUGGUAUUCUGCUGCAUCACUUUGGUAUAUUGUGAAUUUGUUGUCAAUGAGUUCCAGUCAGUUAAUAUGUUGCACGAAGAACUAUUUGAAUAUUUUUUUACAUUAAUUAAUCGACUUGUUUUAUAAAUUUUUAUUGUACCAGUAACUUACAAACUAUACAGAACUGUAUUUAUGCAAUAUGCAGACCUGCCAAUUUUUGUCUACCGAUUUUGUCCGAAUUAUACGGAUUUUUUUACCCCUCGUUCCGACCUUCCGACAAAGCCCUUAAAAUUCAGAUUUUCCGAACAUUAUAAUUUUUUACCCUUCAUAACAAUUCGAAAGCGACGAACAAAAUGUGUUUAAAUUGGAUGCGACAGGAAGUGUUGCAUUUGGUUUUACAAAGUGUCUACAUGUCCGGCGGCCUGAUGUAUAAGUGAAUAAGUUCUUGAGCUAUUCAUCCGGCUAUUAUAUAUUCGACCAAGUCACAUAACUGCCGUAACAAAGUUGCUCAAGGUAUUUGGCCGUCAACCUCGUUGCGUGACCCCUAACAGUCAAUCAGAGUUUACAGUACGUCAUUUCAACAAAUUAAAGAUAGUCUGGACAUUUACACGAAAAAGAAAUAUUAGAGCCGUUGCUGGUAUAUAUAAUGAGCAAAUGUUAAAAAGUGGCAAAGUUAAAUAAAGCAUGAUAUGCCCGCCGGAUGAAUAUCUCCAGCACUAUUUAUCCGGUCGGCUGGCUUGUAGACAUGUCAUGUCUCUUUUCACAGCUUGAACCUAGCUCCACGUCCCAGCCUAUCGCAGUGGACUUACUUCUCCUCUUUUCUUUCCCUCUUCCUUAUUUAAUCUCUCACCCAAUUACUUUCUGUCACAUUUCUUUUCCUGCCCUUUGGAUACUACUUCUAAGCUAAAUGUUAUUUUUCAAUUUUAAUUUUAUUCUGUUUUUUCCUGUUGUUUUGUUCGCUGACGAAGGCUUCCUGCCGACACGUUCGUUGUUUUGUUGCGUUCCUUUUUUUCAGGUUUAAUCCUUCUUUGUUUUACUCAUUUGAUAUUGUAGACACUGCCUUGUUUUUAUGGAAGCAAACUGCAAUCUCCAAAUCAUUCUUCAAAUAUCAAUCAUCAAUUGAUCUGAUCGUGAUUCAUUCUUUUUACAAUGCUAAAAAAUAAGUCGGGCUUUUUUUUGUUGUUGUUAAAGCUUUUCUUAACUGGUUAACUACCAUGAGCCGCUGGGAGCAGCUCGGCGUUCGUUCUGUUAUGGCCACGAGCCGCUGGUGGCGCCAAUGUUACCAUCAUAGUAAAUCGAGUCAAAUAUUUAUAUUAUUCCGUUCCCGUUUCACUUCGAGUUUUUAAUUUACCGAUUGGAUGUUUAUAAUCGAAACGCAUGCUAUCGGCAGAAUGUUUUAAAAAACGAAAUAAUUAUUAGUUUUAAUUAAUUUUCCCAACUAGUUACAAGAUAGUACAUGUUUACCGCGGCAACAAGUGACAGGGUUACUAAGGCAUAUAAGAGAUUGGAAGUGUAAAUAUUAUUCAAUUUCUGUGUUCUUUGGUUCAUUUUUCUUAUUAUUGGAUAUACUAUUUGUAAACCACAAAAUAAAAGGCUUUAAAUGAUUUUGAAAUUUAAAUUGUAUACGUGAGUUGCACAUCAAUAUAUUUUUUAUUGUUUUUCUAUUGAAAAUACUAAUUUAACAUUUAAUCAUUUCCUAACAAAACUUAACUUUACAAAUGUUUUCAGCUUAUAUUAUACCAAUUUCAAUUACCUACAAAAUGAUGUAUUAACCAUUAGAAUAUGUUUAUAAUUAAGAAAACUAGCUGAAAUUGUACAUACACCUAAAAUGAAAAAAAUGUGACCUUGAUUUAAUUCGGCCACAGCGCGUUUUUCAAUCUGGUUGUUAAUCAGUUGAUUAAAUGGAUAAAUCUAUUGAAAGUGGUGGGUACAAUCAUAUUAAUAAACAUAUUUUAACCAAAAAAAACAUACAACUAAAAGUAAAAGCAGUGAUGUUUUUCUCAUGUUCUGUGAACUCUUCAAAGACAAUGGAGGUAACUUUAUAUAUCUUUAUUUACAAAAAAGGCAUUAGUAUGUAGAUCUUAAACCCUCCUUUGCCCCUCCUUCUCCCCUGCGUGCACCCCCCAACAGUUUUUUUUCUUGGCAGGUCUGAAUAUGUCAUACAAAUCCUAAAGAUUAUUCUACUAGUAAUUUGCGACUACACAAUUUAUAAUUUUUGUUAACUAGUUCAUUUUGUAGAAAAAGCUGUAUAUUGAAAAUGUCAUUUGUAUAAACUCAACUUAUUGUGUGUAACAGAACCCAUCAAUUCGCUAUUGUGUGCUAAUUGAGCCGAUCAAUUAGCUAUGGCUGUAUGCUAAUUAAACCAAAGACAGGCGAAGUCUAACUAGAAAGAAGAAAGGCAUUGUUUUUGUUGUUCUCGGUAGAGUGAGAUUUCCAGUGUACUGCAAUGUAAGUUCUUUUCAUGGACUUGAACUGUAUUAUAGCUACUCAAGUUUUAUGCUUAAAAUCAAAUCUCUUUACAAUUAUGUUUUUUUUGUAUUUAUUUCUGAUAUAUGUAUUUAACUUAAUUAAAUACUUGACUGUAAUAAUUUUUUUUUAACACUAGCACAUAUAAAAUUAUUAUUUAACCUCUAGUCAUAUACCUAUAAUAUACAAUAACAUACUUCAUAAAUUAUUUAUUUAUUGAAUGUAAAAAUAGAUUUUUUUUUUCUUUAUUUUAAAUGUGG